AUGAUCCAACAUUUGUACUUUGACUCGCUCGAGUCUUUGCCAGCCGCGACCCCUUCAGAACAAGACUGCUCCUCAACAAUCCCGAUACGAUGGUCAAAUUGCGGUCUUCGGUUCAUCAUUCCAAAAGAAGAUUGCAGAUCACCGCCAGUUCCUCGUAGCGGCGCAAUUGGAUGCGAGAUGCUCAAGAAUUGGUCGCUCAUGGGUCUGGCCUCGGGCCCCAAGGGUAUUAUCCACGUAACUGAUUUGGACACAAUCGAGAAGAGUAAUUUGAACAGACAAUUCUUGUUCCGGGCCAAAGAUCUUGGCAAAUUCAAGAGUGAACAGGCGGCCGCCGCGGUGAUCGACAUGAAUCCAGAUCUUACUGACAAGAUUGUUAGUCAUCAAGAUGCAGUAGGCCCAGAUACUGAGAACAUCUAUGGGGACGAGUUCUUUGAGAGUCUAGACGGCGUUACAAACGCACUAGACAAUAUUAAAGCUCGUUUGUACAUGGACCAGCGUUGCGUGUUUCUUCCAAAAGCCGCUGCUGGAAUCUGGAACUUUGGGCACCAAGGGGAACACACAGACCCGCCUGAAAAGGAGACGCCGUCUUGUACGGUUAAGAAUUUCCCUAACCAGAUUCAGCAUACCAUUGAGUGGGCGAGACAACAGUUCGAUUCAUUGUUCGUCAAACCGGUUCAGAGCGUAAACUCAUACUUGUCCGAGCCUAACUUUAUCGAGAGCACGCUCAAGUAUGGCGGACAAUCAAGCGAGCAGAUCAAGCAAAUCCAUGAUUAUCUUGUUGCCAAUAAGCCUCUGACGUUUGAAGAGUGCAUAGUCUGGGCCAGGUUGCAAUUUGAGGAUAAUUAUGUGAAUGCGAUUAAGCAAUUGCUAUACAGCUUGCCCAAGGAUGCGGUAACGAGUACUGGUCAACCAUUCUGGUCUGGUCCCAAACGCGCCCCAGACCCAUUAACGUUCGAUUCAGACAAUCAAACUUGCAUGCACAAUUACGGUCUCAAGGGGAGCAACGACCCUGCGCUCUUCAAACGAGUGGCCGAUGGUGUCAAAGUUCCUGAGUUUGUUCCCCGUUCAGGUGUCAAGAUCCAGAUCAAUGAGACCGACGCGCCUCAGGAAGGGACCGGAGCUGGUGGUAACGGUGUCGACACUGGUGACUUGUCCAAUCAAUUGCCCUCGCCAUCCUCCCUUGCAGGAUACCGGCUCAAUCCUGUAGAAUUUGAGAAGGAUGAUGAUACGAACCAUCACAUUGACUUUAUCACCUCCGCGCCAAUCUUCACCGCCAGCCGUCACCAGACAAAGCAAAUUGCCGGGAAAAUUAUUCCUGCGAUUGCCACGACCACUUCGCUCGUUACUGGAUUGGUCUGCCUAGAACUCUACAAGAUCGACAAGAAAGAAAAACUUGAGGACUACAAGAACGGGUUUGUCAAUCUGGCCUUACCAUUCUUCGGUUUCUCGGAGCCUAUUGCUGCCAAGAAGAACAAGGCAAUACGGCGAGACCACAUGGACUCUAUGGGAUCGCUUCGAGUUCAAGAACAACCCUACCCUCAAGAACUUGUUUCUUGGUUCGAGACUAACCACAAGUUGGACAUUUCCAUGGUUUCCCAGGGUGUAUCGAUGCUCUGGUCCUCCUUUACACCCCCCAAGAAGAGCCAAGAACGACUCCCGAUGAAGAUUAGCGAACUCGUAGAGCACGUCAGCAAGAAGCCCAUUCCCCCUGGACAAAGAACUUAA